AUGAAAAAUUUUGAAGAAGACAGAAAAAAUAUGAAAAACCCUGAUGCGGCUAUUAAUUUGAGUCCUAACAAAAGUGAAAUAAUGAUUCACCAAAAUCGAAUAACCAAAACCAUUAAGCAUUUUCUUGAAUAAACAUUUUUAUCUUAAUCUAUUUGCUUGAACCCCUCAAAAAAAAAAUAAUUCAUGAAUUACGAUGUAUAUCAAGAUAUAAUGAGUCACAUAGCCAAUUUCAUAAACUAAUAAGAUAUGAAUUUAAUAAUGAGCUUAUAAAAUAUAAAUGAACAACAAUAAAGUAGAGUACCAACUUAUAUACUCAAACACUCAAUUGUAAUUGAAAAUAAUGAAAAAUAAUAAAACAGAAUAUUGGAAUAGAUUGAAGAUGUAUUAAUAAAUAUUGGCGAAAGAAUUGAGUCGAUAUGUAUAAGUACAUAUAUUGAUGGUGAUCAUGAUUUAGACGGCCAGCUUUAAGCUGUACUUAACUAAUAUCAGGGGAUAUUGAAUGAUAUCGAAUGA